AUGCCCGUCUACAUGCUCCACGGCUUCCGCUGGCCCCGCGCAGGCUUCACCGGCAUUCGCGUGUACAUCGUGCUACACAACCUGGAAGAAGCGGCAGCCGAAUACCUCCAGCAACCACUGACGACAGAACUCCUUCUCAAAUCGUUCGAGCGCACACAGGCCGACCUGAUGCCUCGCCUGCCGGAGCUGCGCUUCAUCGAGUACUACGAUCCCGCCGAUGAGUCUAGCAACACCGUCAGCCAGGACUAUGCGUACGUCGGCGCACGCGUGCUGACCAUCCCCGACGGCGGCGAGAUCCCCGCGGGUAUGGGGCCUGGUGAGAAUAUUGAGGAUGCUGUUGAACAGGGCUCGGGCUUGACGCAGGACCAGAUGGCUGCGUUGGAGGAAUUGAGGGAUCGUAUUGCGCCUGGUGAGAAGAUUGGUUGGCAUUUGGUUUAUAAUGGGGAUCCGGAGCGCUGGUAUCCCCCUUCCGAGGAUGAGGAGGAUGAGUUUGAUGAUGUUAGUUAUGGGAGCGAGAAGGGCGAGCGGACCACUGAGCCAGGGACUCCGGGGUCACCGCAGAGUGUUGCUAUACACAGUGUCGAGCAAGGCGGUGAACCCCGGCAGUAUACGAGGGGGAGCUCUGCUGAUAACGACGACCUUCUGCAACUCCCCGAGCUUGACGGAUGCCGGCCCGGUGAUCUCUGUCGCGAUGGUUCUUUCGUUUAUCCUGGUCCAGAACCGCCAGGGGAAGACUCGACUGGCAAAGUGGAUGAGGAGAAAGUAAAGCUCAAAGGCGAGGUCCACCGCCUCGUUGCACCACGAGACCAGAAAUACCAAUCCAACUUUGUCGAAUUCCGCCGCAGCACCAAGAUCGUCUACCGCCGGUACGCAGGGCUAUUCUUCUGCGUCUGCGUGGACGCCAACGACAACGAGCUGGCAUACCUGGAGGCCAUCCAUUUCUUUGUCGAGGUGCUGGACCAGUUCUUUGGGAAUGUGUGUGAACUGGACUUGGUGUUUAAUUUCUACAAGGUCUAUGCCAUUCUGGACGAGGUCUUUCUCGCGGGCGAGAUUGAAGAGACGAGCAAGCAGGUCGUUCUGACCCGGCUGGAGCAUUUGGAUAAGCUGGAGUGA